UUAUGAUACAAUCAACCAUUUAAAGUAUUAUCAAACUGUAGUGCGCCAAUCUAUCUACUUUGGUAUUCAUAAGUAGUUGUUUAUCAUUUUGUACAAGAUAAUAAAAUGAGAAAUUAAAACAGACAAAAUUUAAUAUUAACAGUGUAUCUAGUUUUACAAUCUGUUACAAUGUUAAAAUUAAUUUUAUUCAUAUUUUCUAUUAUUUUGGAGGUUUUCAGUGAGAACCCUAUUAUAAACUUACCAAAUGGAAAAAUACGUGGAGCACUAGUGAAGUCUCCAAUAAAUCCACAUUCAAGUUUUUAUGCCUAUCAAGGGAUACCAUUUGCUGAACCACCAACAGGAAAAUUACGGUUUCAAGCACCUCAACCAGUCAAAAACUGGAUAGGCGUUAAAGAUGUUCUCGAUAAUAAAAUUUCAUGUUAUCAGACAGACCGAGAAGAAAAAUAUGCCAGAGAAGAUUGUUUAUAUUUGAGUGUGUUCACUCCAGUAAAUCCCUCAAAUGUUACAAAGUUGGAAGUUCUAGUUUUUAUUUACGGUGGAGCUUUUAUUCACGGCCACAUGGGCUAUGGUUACUCCAAAACUGCAUUUUUAAUGGAGGAAAAUAUAAUAUUAGUAAACUUUAAUUACAGAGUUGGACCAUUAGGUUUCUUAUCAACGGGUGACAAAGCAAUUUCUGGUAAUAUGGGUUUAAAAGAUCAACGACUAGCUUUAAAAUGGAUACAACAAAAUAUUCAUUUAUUCGGUGGCGAUCCAGAGAAAGUCACCAUAAUGGGCCAAAGUGCAGGAUCUGCUUCAGUGACUUACCAAAUUCUUUCUCCUGGAUCAGCAGGUUUGUUUAGAGCCGCCAUAGGUUGCAGUGGAUCAGCGCUAACCGACUGGGCUCAUCAACCAAAUCCUGCAGAUAAUGCUUAUGGAAUAGCAGCAGAAAUUGAUGCAAGUUUCACUAGACAGAACUCAACGCAAGAACUAUUAGAAUUGCUUCAAAGCGUCUCUGUUGAUAAAAUAACUAAAACCGCAAAUAAGUAUAAAAAGUUUUCACCAGUUGUAGAAAUUGCACAUGAUGGAGCAUUUUUGUCUGAACCUAUGUAUGGUGUUGCAGAAAGUGGAAGAAUUAACAAAGUUCCUGUAUUGAUGGGAUUUAAUUCGGAAGAAUCCCUCGCAAGUGUAAGGGAUGUAAAGUCCUGGACGGCAAAUGUAAAAAAAAAUUUCGAUGGGAAUCUUCGAAAUUUGGUAGAUUAUGAUUUCUUUAUAACCAAUAACGAUAUUAAACUUCAAGUAGGUGAAGAAAUCAAAUCAAUAUACGUAGGAAACGGUACAUUUGAGAAUGAUCCUGGAAAAGGUGUUCAGUUUAGCAGUGACAACAGAUUUAUAAGACCAAUUAUAAAAUUUGCCGAACUAAUUGCUCAAUAUGUAGAUGUUUACUUUUACCAAUUUUCAUACCAUGGAGAAAUUGGCGGUACAAAAAUUUUGUUCAAAGAUAUUGGUAAAGUAGCCCAUGCGGAAGAUCAAAGAUAUUUUUGGUCUUAUUUCCAGGAUUAUAGCAAAUUUCCAAAAUCUGAUGUGAUGACAGUACAAAGAUACAACAAACUACUAACUAAUUUUAUUAAACAUUUAAACCCUACACCUGUUAAAGAUGAAUUACUUCAAAAUCAAAUAUGGCCAACAGUUAAAAAGAAUCAAUAUUAUUAUUUGGAUAUCGACAACAAUUUAACCAUUCAGAAAAACCCAAGACAAUUUUCUUAUAAGAAAUGGGUAAACAUUUUUGAAAAGUAUGGAAAGAAGCCAUUUGUUUCGUUUUAA